AUGGGCGCCGUCUCUCAGUUCUUCAAGCGCGUCCUCUACGGACUCAUCCUGGGCGCCGCCUCAGGUGCUCUCGCAGGCAUCAUUCUAGGCAUCGUCCUAGGUCUCGUCAUCGGUGCCAUCCUUGGCAUCGUACUGGCGAUCCCUCUGGCACUCGUCGCCGCCGUCGUCUUGGGGUUGAUAGCAGGUGCCAGCGAGGGCGCCGUGGAGGCUGUUGCCAACAUGUUGAAGCAGGCAAAGACCGCGAUACAAAACCUCAUCAAUUUCGGAUUCGGUCUCUUGGAGGGUGAACAGAAGAGGGGAUUGACGGAAUCGUCUCCCCACUCCAUUCGUGGUUAUACCGGAUACAUCGAACAUGUCAACGGCUCGCCGCCAGAGAACCCGUGGGAGGGCUCUGUCAUAGGCGAAAAUCUUCCGAAAAUCCUGGUUACUCCCAACACCUCCGUCGACACCUAG